CCUUUUGUCUCUCGAGUUGCGGCACCGCCUACCGCUCUUCCGUCACCGCUCUGCGAGGGGGAGGACGAGAUGGCCGAGGGGACGGGAGAGGGAGUGGCGGCGGCGAUCCUCCUCGGGAAGCGGACGAGGCAGCCGAUGCGGCGAACGACGAGUAUGACGGAGUUCUCCUUGGAGGAUGUGGCGGCCGCCGCCGAAGGGAGAGAGGGGAUCCGCCGCCACCACAAAUGCCAGCACCGGGAGAGGCGGAGGGGGCCGGAAGAUGAGGGGCCACCGAGGAUCGUCCAGCGGUGGAGCUUCGGUGACUUGGGGACGAUGGAGACGACGACCAAGUUUCUGAUGGCCUGUGGCUUCUGUAAUCGCCGCCUCGGCCCUGGCUUCGACACCUUCAUCUAUCGGGGUGAAAUUGCUUUUUGUAGCCUUGAGUGCAGACAGAAUAAGAUCAACCAAGAUGAAAUUAGAGAUAAGCACCUGAGAUCCAAGAAAACCAAUGCUGCUUCAACUGCAGUUUCAGAAACCUCUGGCGAUGGUCAAAGGGCUGUUGCUGCAUAAGCUGAGCUUGAGUCUACUUGGCCAGUGUUAAACUUCAGUGGAUAUUACUUCAAUAUAAGUCUCCAGCUGCCUCAAAGAAACAUAUAUUUAGUUUGAUUCUUCUGUUUCUUCGCCAUCCAUCUCUUGAGUACUUAUCGUGCAAGGGAAUCAAGUAUCGUUUCUCAUUCCAUAAAUUUCAAAUAUGUAAAGAACAUGAACAUCUCUUGCUGGGGAUCCUUGUUGCUGCUUUGGUUUCAAAGUAGAAAUCCAAAGAAUAAAGGGAAACUAUAUAUUUUUUUUCGGCU